AUGGCCGCGAUGGGUGGGGACCAAAGGCCGAUGAUGGAGGGUGCGGCGGAGGACAAGUUCCCGGACGGGUUACGAGUCCUCGCCGUGGACGACGACUGCGUCUGCCUCAAGGUGCUAGACAACCUCUUGCACGGCUGCAAAUACGACCCAACGACUGUGACGGAUGCCAAGACGGCGGUGAAGAUUCUCAGGUCGGGGAAGGAGAAGUUCGAUGUGGUCAUCACAGACGUGCGCAUGCAGGACAUGGACAGCUUCAAGCUCCUCGAGCUCAUCCGCCUCGAGAUGGAUCUGCCCGUCAUCAUGCUAUCUGAAGAUUGCGACAAGAAGGCUGUGACGGUGGGGAUAAAUCAUGGGGCGUGUGACUAUUUGGUGAAGCCAGUGCAUACCAACGAGCUAAAAAAUAUAUGGCAGCAUGUUGAAAGAAAGAGAAAAUCAGAAGCAAUAAGGCACAUCAGCGGUGAUGAUGAUGACGAUCAGAGAGCACAGCUUGGGACUGCUGGCAAGAGCAAUGAUGGAGCUAAUACUGAUGAGAACAAACAGAACACACUGGCAUCCACUACCCAGAAGAAGCCAAAAGUGGGAUGGACAAUUGAGCUGCAUACAAAGUUUAUGGAAGCUAUCAACCAGAUCGGCCUUUAUAGGGCUACUCCAAAAAAGAUUCUGGAGAUGAUGAAUGUCGAUCUCCUCACUAGACAAAAUGUAUCGAGUCAUCUACAGGUUUAUUUUCGACCCUCGUUCUUUAUUUUUCACAUGUUUGUGUUCCAUUUAUUCAUAGUCUAA